CCUGUGUCCUCCGAGCAAAAGAAAAGCGAGAAAGGGAAAAGACGGGGGUAGCGGGGCAUUUGUACGAAAUGGGCUGUUGAACAGCGGGUCGGAUCGCUCACGUCCGCCACCGCCGGCUUUAGGAUUUUAAGCGUGACGGUAAAAUGGACACAUUUUUGGACUGACCCACGACGCUCGUAUAUCCGGAAUGACUCCGAUUACCGAAGUGACAUCGUUGAAUGUACAUGCUUUACGAGCUAUUUAGAGAAGAUCCUGUGCGCGUGUCGUUUCGCUCUGGAACCGGUAUUAUUUCCUUGUCAGGGAUGUAGCAGUAUACGGACUUUACGCACAAGCGCAGCCGGGGCAGAGUGACCCAAGUGUAGCGCUCACCUGGGGGAGGACCACCACUCCUUCAUUCCUAUCAUCCCUUGAGCCCCCUCUCUAUAACAGCCAUGGCGCCACGGAAACGCGGGGGCGGAGGGCAUGGUGCGUCCUUCUUCUUCUGCUGCUUCCAGGGCAGUGACCACCCAGAGAUCACCUAUCGUCUGCGGGAGGACUUUGCCCUGCAGGCGAUGGAGCCUGCUCUGCCCAUCCCCAGCUAUGACGAGCUGGAUGCCAUGUUUUCUGAGCUGGUGGAUGAGCUGGACCUGACAGAGAAGCACAGAGAGGCCAUGUUUGCCUUGCCAGCAGAAAAGAAAUGGCAGAUAUACUGCAGCAAGAAAAAGGAACAAGAGGAGAAUAAAGGUGCUACUAGCUGGCCAGAGUUCUACAUUGACCAGCUUAGUUCAAUGGCAGCUAGGAAGACUUUGUUGGCUUUGGAGAAGGAAGAAGAAGAAGAACGCAACAAGACCAUUGAAAGCCUUAAAACGGCCCUACGGACACAACCCAUGAGGUUUGUAACACGGUUCAUUGACCUGGAUGGCUUGACAUGCAUCUUGAACUUCUUGAAGAGCAUGGAUUAUGAGACCACGCAGUCUCAGAUCCACACGUCCCUCAUCGGUUGCAUUAAAGCUCUGAUGAACAACUCUCAGGGUCGUGCCCAUGUGCUCUCGCAUUCUGAGAGCAUCAACAUCAUCGCCCAGAGUCUGGCCACCGAGAACAUCAAGACCAAAGUGGCGGUGCUGGAGAUCAUGGGUGCUGUUUGUUUGGUACCAGGAGGUCACAAGAAGAUUCUAGAGGCCAUGCUGCACUAUCAGAAGUUUGCGUGUGAACGAACACGGUUUCAGACAUUGCUGAAUGAUCUGGACAGAAGCACAGGCCGGUACAGGGACGAGGUCAGCCUGAAGACAGCCAUUAUGUCCUUCAUUAAUGCUGUGUUAAGUCAAGGAGCUGGUGAAUCCAGCCUUGAGUUUCGGAUUCAUUUACGAUACGAGUUCCUCAUGUUGGGCAUUCAGCCCAUCAUUGAUAAACUCAGGUCACAUGAGAACUCUACUUUAGACAGGCACUUGGAUUACUUUGAGAUGCUCAGAAACGAUGAUGAACUCACUUUAUCCAGACGCUUCGAGUCUCUUCAUAUAGACACAAAGAGUGCAACGCAGGUCUUUGAGCUUGUGCGGAAGAAGCUGGCCCACACAGAUGCAUACCCGCAUUUCAUGUCUGUCCUCCACCAUUGCCUGCUCAUGCCCCAUAAGAGAAGUGGAAACACUGUGCAGUACUGGCUGCUGUUGGACCGUAUCGUCCAGCAGAUGGUCCUGCAGAAUGAUAAAGGUCACGACCCUGAUGUCACCCCAUUAGAAAACUUCAAUGUGAAGAAUGUGGUUCGAAUGCUUGUCAACGAAAAUGAGGUCAAACAGUGGAAGGAACAGGCUGAGAAAAUGCGAAAAGACCACCACGAGCUUCAGCAAAAGAUGGAGAAGAAAGAGCGAGAGUGUGAUGCUAAAACACAAGAGAAGGAGGAGAUGAUGCAGACGCUUAAUAAGAUGAAAGAGAAGUUGGAGAGAGAAAUGGGGGAACAUAAGCUGGUCAAGCAGCAGGCGGCAGAACUGACUGCCCGACUACAUGACCUCAGUAUGAAACAGAUAGCCAGUGUUCCCGGAGGUCCUCCUAUCCCUGGUCCUCCAGGUGGACCUCUCCUGCCCCCUCCACCACCUCCACCAGGUGGCAUGAUGCCUCCUCCACCACCCCCUCCGCCAGGAGGUGCUAUGAUGCCACCACCUCCACCACCACCCCCUGGAGGUCCUCCACCACCACCUGGACGGGCUCCCUUUGGUAUGGCUCCCCCUCCGCCAGGAGCCCCCUUGGGACCAUCCUUGAAGAAGAAAAACAUUCCUCAGCCAACCAAUCCACUUAAGUCCUUCAACUGGUCCAAGCUGCCUGAGAGCAAGCUUGAGGGAACGGUCUGGGCAGAGGUUGAUGACGGCAAAGUUUUUAAGAUCUUGGAUCUGACGGACAUUGAGAAGACCUUCUCUGCUUACCAGAGGCAGCAGGACUUCUUUAUGGUCAAUAACAGCAAGCAGAAAGAGACUGAGGAUGAUAUCUUGAGCUCCAAGAAAGUCAAAGAGCUCUCUGUCAUUGAUGGACGACGUGCACAGAACUGCAACAUCCUUCUCUCACGAUUGAAACUUUCCAACGAGGAAAUAAAGAGAGCUAUUCUGACUAUGGACGAACAGGAAGAUCUGCCUAAGGACAUGCUGGAGCAGAUGUUAAAGUUUAUCCCAGAGAAGAGUGAUGUGGAUCUACUGGAGGAGCACAAACAUGAGCUGGAUCGCAUGGCAAAGGCAGACCGCUUCCUCUAUGAAAUGAGCAGAAUAAACCAUUACCAGCAGAGGUUACAGUCUUUGUACUUCAAGAAGAAAUUUGCUGAGAGAAUUGCGGAGAUCAAACCCAAAGUUGAAGCACUGACCAAGGCCUCAAAAGAGGUUUUACACAGCAGGAAUCUCAAGCAGUUGCUGGAGGUGGUGCUGGCGUUUGGAAAUUACAUGAACAAAGGACAGAGAGGCAACGCAUACGGCUUCAAAAUCUCUUCGCUCAAUAAGAUAGCAGACACAAAGUCCAGCAUCGACAAGAAUAUCACUCUACUACACUACUUGAUCACCAUCCUGGAAAAGAAGUACUCCAAAGUCAUGGUCUUCCUGGAGGAGCUGCAGAAUGUGCCGGAAGCUGCCAAAGUCAACAUGACUGAGUUGGAAAAGGAGAUCAAUAAUCUUCGCAGCGGUUUGAAGAGCGUUGAAAGCGAGUUAGAACAUCAGAAGAAUUGUCCUCAGCAAUAUGGAGAUAAGUUUGUGCCUGUGGUCAGCCAGUUCAUUACAGUGGCCAGUUUCAGUUUCUCUGACGUAGAAGACUCCCUCACUGAGGCUAAAGAACUGUUCAUAAAGACAGUCAAGCACUUUGGUGAAGAUGCUGACAAGAUGCAGCCCGAUGAGUUCUUCGGGAUUUUCGAUCAGUUCUUGCAGUCCUUUGCAGAGGCCCGUCAGGAGAACGAGAACAUACGCCGACGCAAAGAGGAAGAGGAGCGCAGGGCACGCAUGGAGGCUCAGCUUAAGGAGCAGAGAGAAAAGGAAAGAAAGGCCAGAAAAGCCAAAGAGAACGGAGAGGACGACGGGGGCGAGUUUGACGACCUGGUGUCUGCUUUGCGUUCCGGGGAGGUUUUCGAUAAGGACCUGUCAAAGAUGAAGCGCAACCGCAAGCGCAUCAACAGCCAGACGUCAGACACCGGCAGGGAGCGUCCGAUUACCAAGCUUAACUUCUGAACAGCCACCAUUGAGCUUAAGUACAGAGACGCACAUUAUCAGAACUCGCAUCAUUACAACCAAAAACCAUCAUGUGGUGGUGAAUGUCUGGGGGGGACUCCUCUCCUCAAAUUGAACACUAUACUGGGCGGAGCAGGAGAAAGAAAGCAUGUUUACCCAAAGACGGUCAAUUUAUCAUUACCUGUUUUAAAGUGAAGAGAAAGGACUCUUAAAUAUUAAGGACAUGAACCUUAUUUAAAUAUAAACUUUGAGUACUGGAGCGUGUUUCCUUGGUGCUGGAGCUGCCAGGAUUAAAACGAACUGAAGGUCUGCUUUUUGACCAUGCGCAGGAAACAUGGCAAAAGCUUCACCUAUUUUUGCCAAAAUUAACGCCACUGACUUCAGCAUGCCAAGCGUCACAAUGAGCUUUUCCAUUUCUUGCUUUUUUGAUGCAUUAUAGGUAUGUAUUUUAAAGUCAAGUGGAAAUAAUAUGUUAAACCUUUGUAAAUAUGUCACUGAAAACUAGUAAUGCGACUGCAAAACUUUGGGGAUGGCGUGGUUUGCCCUUUUACUAAGGGUAAUUAAUAAUAAUACAUAUAGUGUUUUUAAGGAUAUUUCUGACAUCAGUAACCAGGGCUGUGGGUAGCUUAUAACAAAAAAAAGGCAUUAUGGAAGAUGGCUCUGUUUGUUAUAUUCGGUACAAGCUAAUUGGAAAUGAUUUUUUAAAGGGGCCAAUGGAGCCCGUGUUGUCUUAAACACUGUGGACGGUCGCUGUACAGAUUCUAUGCAGUUUCUGAUGUCAAGUGUUGCUCUGUUCGAGGACUUUUUACAUGAAAUGUAGUCAUAUUUAAAAUGAUCAAGGCAAUACUUUUCCUUUACGUUCUUCCCUCCUGUCUGGAGUCCCUUCAGGCUUUUUUAAUCUGUAAACUAGUCGUAUGGUUUGACGGUUUCCUUUUUCACUGUAAAAUACCUCCAUUGGACUUUUCUAAUUUAAGGAAAAUACAGCCUUCCAUUGUAAGAUGAAUCUGAAUAAAUGGAAGAGUUGAAAAAGUUA